AUGAUAAUGAAACAAUCUGGACUUUAUGUGUGUGCUCCAACAAAAAAACGGAAGAUCGAGAAAACAGUUGACAAGCUUGUGGCAAAAAAAGUGAGUAAGAUUUUGAGUCAACGUAAUUUCAUACAGAGCACUGAUUCAAAAUACACCGGGAAAGCAGAUUUGAUACCAGAGUUUGAUCCGGAAAAAUCAGAGAUCACUGCCAUAAAUUGGUUACAUAAGAUUGAACAAAUUGGAAUGAUUAAUAGUUGGAGCGAUGAACAAAAAUCAUUAUGCAUGCAGUCUCGCCUUACAGGAUUGGCAAAAGUUUGGUAUAACGGGCUAACAGACUACAACUUGAAUUGGGACGAGUGGAAAUUGGCCAUCUCACGUGCCUUCCCUGCACAUACAGACUACGUCAACUUGCUAAAAAAAAUGUUGGCGCGAAGUAAGAGUAAUGAUGAGAGCAUGAUGCAUUAUUUUUAUUCGAAGAACAUGCUGGUAAAAAAAUGUGGACUAGUGGGGACUAAUGCAGUUUCUUGCAUAAUUGAUGAUUACCCAUACCACUGCAAGCUAACGCAAAAGCUGGGAACUAUGAAUCACCAGACGAGCUGUUCUACGGGUUCCUUAGCAAAGUAG